CCGGUACAUUUAUGUGUGCCCAUUGGUCACGAAGAGCAAACCGAGACAGGAAUUGACACGAUCCUCCCGGAAGGGUGCAUUUGAGAACUAUCACCAUGGCCAAUUUUAAUGAAGCGGAUUUACCACCAAAUCUGACUUGCCUCAAAAAUGUUGAUACCCUUCUUCGAUGUCCCAUUUGCUUUGAUUUCCUGAGUAUCGCAGUGAUGACAAAAUGCUCUCACAACUUCUGCUCUUUGUGCAUAAGAAAAUUUAUGUCCUACAAGUUGCAAUGUCCAGUGUGCAAUUCACCUACAACAGAACAAGACCUAAGAAACAACCGGAUACUGGAUGACCUGGUCACAAACUUUCAAACUGCAAGGCAGAAGUUGUCUAAAGCUAAUUUCGACUCGCCUCCAUUAUCCCCGACGACCCCAGCCUCUACUGUCAAGUGUAAAACACACAGACAGACCAGGGGCCCCAAGAAGAAUGGCUCCAUCCUCAGUCACUUUUUCCAGAAGGGGCCCAUCACUUCCACAUCAUCUCUCACUAUAGAGGCCCCGCCAGCACUUCAUACACAAACUGUGAAAGUAGACCCUGGUCAUCAGGUCUCUAUGAAUGAGGAGCCCAUGGAGGAGGAGAUACCGGCCCAGGUGCUGGUGUCUGUGAAGAUUGAGAAGAUGGACAUCUCCAUGACAGGGCUGGCGUCUCUGGCUGACUCGCCGUCCACAUCACAGGACAUGAAGCCUGUAGUUAAAGUGGAGUGUCCUGUGUGUUCUGUGGGCAUCGCUGAACAGCUCAUCAACAAGCACCUGGACACCUGUCUGACCCGAGGGGAGAAGAAGGAGAGCCUUAGGAGCUCCCUAGGUGCUAAGAGGAGGCCGAUGGGGAAGCUGGUGUACACACUGCUGUCCAUGCAGGAGCUGAAGAGGAGGCUGAAGGAGUGCCACCUCUCUGUCCAGGGUAACAAAGAUCAGCUGGUCAGGAGGCACCAGGACUUUGUACACUUCUACAAUGCCCAGUGUGACGCCCUGGAACCGAAAUCAGCCAAAGACAUUGCCAAUGAAGUGGAGGCCAACGAGAAGGCCAGGAACCAACUUCAGGGGAAAACCAAACGUGUCAUGGACUUCUCAAAGAAUCAAAGUGUGGGAAAGAUCGACGAGAUGCAUUCAACUUACAGGAGGCAGCAUAACAGUGAUUUCUCCCGCCUUAUCGCCCAGGUCCGGGGUCGCCUGGAAAAGACCAGGAAGAGGGAGAUGAAACAGAAAGUGAGGGAUGAGGGAGUAGAGGAGGACCGGAGAGCGGGCUCCAGCUCUGCAGAUAAAGCAGCAGAACAGGAACAGAGGGAUCCCAGUCCCAGUGACUCAGAGGCCUUCUGCAUAUUGAUGACAUCACCAGUGGAGGAGCCCUCUGAGGAGCAGCAGCCUUCUGUUGUAGAGGUCAUUUCCAGGUCACCCAGCUGUCUCAGUGACGUGUCCAUCAGCAGUCGAGAACUUCCAAGGGACUAUACAGCCCUCAAAGACCAUCUUUGGGAGAAGAGCUCUUCACAAAAGUAUUUUUUUAUUCCACACACAGUAAUAAAACAUUAUCUUUGUCCAGGCAAAGUGAUGAAAAGCUCUUUAAUGAAUUCAACUUGCAUAGAGGGGUGUUGUUGAAGAAUCCUGAGAAGUUUUGCUGCACUCUCCACAGGUGUUGGGUAUUUAGAGCAUCUCUGAAGAGAACAUUUAAUGCUGUCUUCUAAUCUUACAUAUGUGAAAGGCCAGCCGUAUGGAUGGUACAUACUAUAAGCAGGUCCUUGUUUGGUUUUGAUUGAAUGUUUAGGAGAGAAACAUUACUUGCAGUAUUCUGCUCAUUAUGGGAUAAAUCAGGGCUGUGCUCAACGCAGGUGUUCAGGAUAGAUUGAUCCAAUGUGUUUGCUUUUUCUGGUUCUCUCUGGUUGUUAUUUCUGGUGAUUCUCAUUCCUUCUGCACACUAUGGCAGUUUAUUCAGCCUCCACUUGCUUUAUUGAUUUUAUUUUUAAGUUCCCCUCCCCUGACAUGUAUUGAUUUACUUUCAAGAGAAGAGACUAAUAUAAAGGAAAAUGUUGCAAAAAUAACACUGACAUAGUGAGUAGGCUACAUACAUUAUAUUUCUAUAUUGAUAAGGCUACAUGAAGAACUUAUAAACUUCACUUUCAAAAAGGCUGACUUAGGGCUGAAUUCAUUUUCACUUAAAUAGCCAUCUUAAGCUUAGACAAAGUUCUACAAAGUACUUGUAAAUAAGUUUUUUCCCCCUGUUUAAUACAUUUGCUAACAUUUCAAAAAAACGGUUUUUGCUCUGUCAUUAUGGGGUAUUGUGUGUAGAUGGAUAAAAUAAUCUAUUUUAGAAUAAGGCUGUAACGUAACAACAUGUAAAAAAAAAAAAAAAAAAAAAAGUCAAGGGAUCUGAAUGCUUUCCGGAAGCACUGUAGAUUAAACCAUGGAGUGCAGCAUGGGCAACACAAUGUAUGACAAGGAUUUACUUUUCUGAUCAAUUUCUCUUCAGUAUAAAGAUUAAACUGAACAAGUGAGUAAAAGUUAUGCAACGUCAAAUUAGCUAGUCGUCUUUCCAAGUAUAUCGACUCAUUCAUUUAAUGGGCUGUGUAGUUUUUACAAAGCAAGGGUUAAUCCCCUGAUAAAGUGUUUUAUUAGCAGUCAGAAGUUCGCUAGAGGUUCCUCUCUGUUAGGUUAUCAUUUUUUGUUCAUUUUCCCCUGGCCAGGAAGUAUUCACGCUGGGCUUUUCAUUAUUAAUAUUAAUAGCCUUCGAAUGAAAAGAACCAGCUUCAAAGAGGCCUAGUUUAAUCCAUUUAGAUGGGCUCCUUGUCCUGGGUUGUCCUUACCUGCCUCCCAGGCCCUCCGUGGCCCCAAGACACUGAUCUCAGGGGAUUCAAGCCAAAUCGGGUCAUAUUUGAUUAUGCCUGGCACCACACACACUUACCAUUCCUCUGUUUCACAGCCAAGUUUAACCCACCCUUUCAGGUACUAUUUUUGGAUAAAGAACUCAGUAAACCUCACAUCAUCCCGGCUAUUGUAUUUCAUCCAGGCCAAAAUGAGCUGCUUGAUAUGAUGACCAUGUGAUAUGCCAAGUAAGGGAUUUUUUUUUAAACAUGCAUUGCGAUGGCACAGUUAGGGCUGGCACAAUUACUGUAUAACCUUGUAACCAACAGUUAUGAAUGAAGACCGUCAUGAAAAUAAA